ACUGCUAAUGUGAAUAUCAUUGUGCGUUUGCACCCUUCCAUUGUGUUAAAUGUCAAUGAUGAUUGGAGCAUGGAUUACACUUGCUGCGCAUACGAUCGCUCGUUUAACUUGGUAAACUGCUCGGUCUGUCUGAGAACUUAGUAUGCCGUUUCCUUUGACCGUAUAAACACGCAUCUGCUGGUAUUUGACGAUUUAUCGCUCGAAGAACAAAGAAGAUAUCCCAGCGGAGACUUUACUCAUCAACUUCUCUUCGUAGGGGAUAUAUAUAUUUCUCUUUUUCAUCGACCCGGCUUCUCCCCCUUAAUAACUCGCGGCUAUUUUUGUUCCGCGUACAUCGCAGCAACAUGGAGUACAACGACACCCUACUCAUACCGGGUCAACGCAUACGUCCGCCCGUGACCGAGGAGAUGGCGGUCGCCCUAUUGGAACAACUCUACGGCAUGAGGGCGACGAGCGUGUGUGAAUUAAAUGCUUAUGAUGAUCGUAACUAUCACGUGCUGUGCGACGAGACCCAUGCGAAUCCGCACGUUACCAGCACGGAGAAGGCCGGCUAUGUUCUCAAGGUGAUCAACUCUUUGGAUUCCCGGAAGACAGAUGUGCUAGAGGCGCAGACCGAGUUAAUGAUUUUUCUCAAUCAACGUAACAUUUGCUGUUCGUUACCAAUCAAGAACGUUAACGGUGCCUACUUUUCCCUGGAAAAUCUAAGAAGCGACAACACUAUGGAGAAAUAUGCCGUAAGAUUAAUGAUCUACCGUCCCGGUGAAUCUCUAUAUAAUGUGAAGAUGACUGAUAAACUGUUGCACAAGGUUGGAAAUUUUACCGCCAAGAUAGAUGAGAUCCUCGUGGGUUUCAAUCAUCCCGCCUAUGAUAAUCACAAAACAUUAUGGAUGUUCACUUCAGUGCCUCGAAUUCAACAAUUCACAUAUGCAAUCAAGAGCUCACUGGAUAAGCAACUGGUGCAUGACGUGAUCGUCACCUUCCAGAAAGAAGUACUACCGAUCAUGGACCGACUGGAGCAAGGGAUCAUACACGGUGACCUGAACGAACAUAACAUUAUCAUGAGUUCCGAUGGCGAGGAUAUUGCCGCCGUGAUCGAUUUCGGAGAUUGUCACAGAGCUUGUCGCAUUUUCGAAUUGGCUAUAGUUCUCUGUUACAUGAUCUUGCAAUCGGCCAACGUAGGAAUGGGCAGACACGUCAUAGAGGGUUACGAGAAGGUAAGAAAGUUGACCGAUGUGGAGAAGAAAAUUCUCAAGAUCAGCGUAUGCGCCAGGAUGUGUCAGAGUUUGAUAAUGGGCGCUUACUCGUAUUUGCACGAUCCCGAAAAUCAAUAUUUGCUAAGCACGCAGAAAACUGGAUGGACGUUGUUGAAGAGAUUGUGGCCCAUGAGCCAAAAGGACGUGAUGCAAGCCUGGGGAUUGACCAUUCCCUAAACACAAGCAAUAUUGACCUUUUUGAUAAAUUUUAUGCAAUGGCAUAUAAUAGAGAUUGUAACGAUUGGCUACGCGCUGCAUUUUUGUAUAAAUGUUUUAAUUCAUUUAAUUCUAGACUUUUAGACAACAUUUUUAUGACAAAUGAUUGAAAAUUAUUUGAGAAAAAUAAAGUUAUAAUUAUUAGUAAAUUAGAUCAAAUCAGUAAUGCUAACUUUCGAAUAAUAUGUUUAACAUAACGUUUAACAUAUCUUUAGUUCUCAUUAAAUAAUUUUUUAACACAACGUGAUUGUUUAACCAACGUGAUAAAUAUCAUAAUUAAUAUUUUUAAGAAUGUUAAAUUGUAAUCUUUUUCCAAUUCUGUUUUAUGAAUAAUCUG